CAGACUGGAUAACUCGCAUCGGUGGAUCUGUGUGUUUGUGUCCCCUGUCUCUCCUCCCUCUGGCCUCCAUGUGAUAAGAGAAGCGGUUCUGCCCAAUACGAAUCGCAUGGAUCGAGUUACUGACUCUCUCGCGCUGCGCCGCUGCUGCUCAGUUCACUCACUCAGCAGUCUCUGUCGGGCGGGUGGCGCACCGACCCACCGCUUCUCACAUCCAUUCAGCUCGAUCCCGCAUCGUUGUCUGAAGAUGACCGUGACUAUUGCGGGGCCAUCCACGAGCCUAACCUCCACCAACCGCGGAGAGUAGAACCGGAGCCGAGGAGAGAUAGAGAGAGUAACCCACCUCUCUCUCGUCUCUCCCCAUCAUCUGCCUCAAUCCUCUGGGCAAACCGACAGCUGAAGACGCAACGAUUUCUGCUGAAAUCCAGCUCUCAACCACAAACACUUUACUGCUUUUAGCUCUCAAGACGCGUCUCGUCUGGCUAUUGUGGAAGUAAUUUUUCUUUAAAUCUGUAUUCACUGAAGAUGGAUAAUAUAAACGUGGAGUCUGUGGAGAAGGAGUGCGGGGCGCUUGGUGGAUUAUUCCAGGCGAUUGUCAAUGAUAUGAAGUGUUCAUAUCCCGUCUGGGAAGACUUCAGUGCCAAGGCCACCAAGCUGCACUCUCAACUCCGAACCACGGUUUUAUCAGCAGUGGCAUUUCUGGAUGCCUUUCAGAAGGUGGCGGAUAUGGCAACCAACACUAGAGGUGCCACCAGAGACAUCGGAUCAGCUCUGACCCGCAUGUGUAUGAGGCAUCGCAGCAUUGAGGCUAAACUACGCCAUUUUACAAAUGCUUUGAUGGAGAGCCUGAUCACUCCUCUACAGGACCGUAUUGAAGACUGGAAGAAGACUGCCAAUCAACUGGACAAGGACCAUGCCAAAGAGUACAAACGGUCUCGUCAUGAAAUAAAGAAGAAAUCUUCAGACACCAUGAAAUUACAGAAGAAAGCCAGGAAAGGCCGGGGGGACCUUCAACCACAGCUGGACAGUGCAAUGCAGGAUGUGAAUGACAUGUAUCUGCUGAUGGAGGAGACAGAGAAGCAGGCGGUGCGGCGUGCUCUAGUGGAGGAGAGAGGACGCUUUUGUACCUUCAUCAGCUUCCUGCAGCCUGUAGUGAAUGGAGAGAUUGCCAUGUUGGGAGAGAUCACACAUCUCCAGGCCAUUAUUGAUGACCUCACUGUGUUAACCUCAGACCCCCACAAACUGCCCCCAGCCAGCGAGCAGGUGAUAAAAGACCUUAAGGGGUCAGAUUACUCUUGGUCCUACCAGACUCCCCCCUCCUCUCCCAGCAGCUCCGGCUCCAGGAAAAGCAGCAUGUGCAGCAGUGUAAACAGCGCACAUAGUAGUGCCUCUCGAUCCUCUGGUGGCUCUCAGACUCACUCACCCAGUUCGUCCUGUCGCUACCGCAGCGUGGCCCAACCGCUAACAACCGCUGCACACCGCCUCAGCAGCGUCUCCUCCCACGACUCCGGCUUCAUCUCCCAGGACGCCAACGUCUACUCCAAACCCCCAUCACCCAUGCCCUCCGAUAUAACAAGCCAGAAGUCUUCAAGUUCAGCUUCCUCUGAAGCAUCUGAGACCUGCCAGUCAGUUAGUGAGUGUAGCUCUCCAACCACAUUUGGCUCGUCCUUCGCUACCUUCCGCCCUGCUCUCUCUCACACUGGCUCCAUCAGGCCUUUCUCUGUCAUACUUCCUGCGUCCCCACCCUAUAACCGCUCCCCUGGAUCCAACACACCCUCUCCCACAUCCAAGAUCCCUUGCUGGAAGGACUGGUCCAAGAUAGGUUCCGGUGAACAAGUGCUGGCCAGCACACUUCAGAGGAGGAAGGAGCCUCUGGAUAGACUGAGGGAAGCAGAAACCUCUCCUCAGUCACAGGGGUAUUCUGGGAUGCAUUCAGAAGACCCACAGAGGCCAAGAAUGACCCCGGCCACUAUCGCUGCCAAGCAUGGUGAGGAGGUUUCCCCAGCUGCUAGUGAUCUAGCUAUGGUCCUGACACGAGGCCUCAGCAUGGAGCAGCAGAAGAGCAGCCGAGACUCCCUUCAGUACUCAAGUGGAUACAGCACUCAGACAACCACCCCAUCCUGCUCAGAAGAUACCAUCCCCUCACAGGGCUCCGAUUAUGAUGGUUACUCAGUGAACGGAGACACUGAGGGCAACUGUCAGGCUGAAUUUGAUAAAUCUUCCACAAUUCCCCGUCACAGUAAUAUCGCCCAGAACUAUCGGCGCAUGAUACAGACUAAGCGUCCUGCCAGCACGGCAGGCCUGCCCAGUGGAGUGGGCGCUCUGGGCGGACCACCCGGGGGAGGGGGCGGUAUCCCCGGCACGGCCACCAUUCGCCGAACACCGUCUACGAAGCCUGGGGUGAGGCGCACCCUCUCAAGUGCUGGUCCUAUUCCUAUACGCCCUCCCAUCGUGCCAGUCAAGACCCCCACUGUGCCUGACUCACCUGGCGGGUACACAGACCCUCCCGCCCGUGUGGGCAGCGAAGAAUGUGUCUUUUAUGUGCCGGAUGAUGCCUCCCCAGGAGCGCUGGAGUAUGUGAAGGCCUCUCCAAAGCGGCUGAGCCUGCCUAACACAGCCUGGGGCUCAGGGGGUGUAGGCGGCUUAGAGAUGAGCGUCUACAGCCAACCAGGUGAAGAAGAUCACCUGCUGGCUGCCAAUCGCCACAGUCUGGUGGAGAAGAUCGGGGAGCUGGUAGCCAGCGCUCACGCCUUAGGUGAGGGCCAGUUCCCCUUCCCCUUGCUUCCAAACCAGCCCCCACCGGGCCCCGAGUCCCAGCCUGAUCCUGAAGUGCCCCAGGAGGAUGAGGACAUGCUGAGGUCUAUUCGUCGAGGAGUGCGACUGCGUAAAACCGUCUCCAAUGAUCGCUCUGCACCCCGGAUUUUGUGAUGCCUCCUGGAGAGAUGGGAGAAUACAAGCAAAGUAACACAGAAAAAAAAAAAAAAAACUUCACAAUGACUCUUUAGAAAAUGAGCUAUGAAAAAGAGGAUUACAAAAUUAAAUGUUUAAAGUCAUUGUAGAAAAUAACGAAUAACAGUAAUGAAAAAAGUUAAUGAUAUUAUGUAACAGCAGGCCCAGGCCACUAUAACUCUUAGCGUGUCUGAACGCAUGUUUGUCUUAUUAACACACCCAUCACCGCGGGAUAGUUGAACUGUAGUGAGACAAUUAACUACUGACAGAACAAGGGACCAGGAUGUCUGGGGGAUUUUUGUGGUCCCUCCAGUUCUCCGCAUGGUCCCAGUAGAAUAACGGCCCUCCCCAAAUUAUGGACCCCAGGAAUCAGUGCUUGACAAGCUCAUGGGGUAUGCAGGGACUCGUGCAGAUCCUUGCCCUCCACAACGCUCUCUCCAACCCCGCACUCACCUCCAGUAAAAUUGACAUCACAUCCUGAAAAUCUUGUGGUAUCGCUGUUGUGUGUUGCUCUGCAGUCUGGAGGUGAGCAGGGCUCUGCUGCAGGUCAGCUCGUGGUUGCAUAGAUGGACAGGAUUUAUCUUUUGCUCGUACACUUCCGUUGUCUUGUUUGUUUUAUUUACAAGCAGUUAAUCGCCUCCUAGCUCCCAAGAGUAGGAAACGUUCAUGUCAGGUAUGUGGAUUUUUUAUGAUUGGGAUGAAAAAAGCCACCAUGAUAAUGAGGAGCAAUAACGCUUUUUUCCCCUUUUUUUUCCCUUUUAUGGGGGAAGGUUUUGAAGAUCAGCUUUUAAUAAAGUUGUUCGUUUUUUAAUGUUCAGGUGUCUUUGGGGAAGCAGAUGCUUUCGAAGACUUCUUGUUGAGUCUAGUUAUGGCUUAUUUAAAAAGAAAAUGAGAAAUAGAAAGGAUGCAGAGCACUUUUAAGGUGUAGUUUUGACCGCUAGUUGUCACUGUGGCCACACUGUGUGUGGUGAAUGCUGUGAGACAGUGCGGUCACGUGCCCUGGUACAUAGGGAGACGAAUGCACAUAGCAAUGUGAUGAUGUAGGGAAAAAAAGGUGUGAUGUGAAGCAGAGAUGGAGGUAAGAAAAAUUAUUUGGCAACAUUUUACAGUAGGAUCAACUUGUUAACAAUAUUAGUUAAUGUAUUAGGUAUCAUGAACUAACAAUGAACAGAAUUUAUUAAUCUAGGUUGAUGUUAAUUUCUACUUAUUCUAGUUCAUUCUCUAUAUUUAAAGUGGUAUAAAUUAGCAUCAACUAAUGUAUUAUGAGUAAACAAUAUGACAUUCAAAAUAAAACAUUAUUUUUUAACAUUUAUUCAUUGUUAACAUUAUUAACAUUUAUUCAGCAAGUAUGCAUUAAAUUGAUCAAAAGUAACAGAAUAGACGUUUAUAAUAUAACAAAAUAUUUCUGUUUUCUUUAUUUUUGUCAAAUAAUCCCGCAAAAAAUGGAUCACGGUUUUUCACAAAAGCAGCAAAACAAAUGCUCAUUUCAGCCUGCUUUGCCACGGCAGGAAUACAAUUACAUUUUAAAGUAUAUUAAAAUAGAAUGAUAAUAUAACCCCCCCCCCCCCACACACACACACACACACACACACCCAACUUUUGAACAGUGGUAUAUAUUUAUAUAUGAGAAUUAAAAAGAUAAAUUAAUAUUUUUAACGAAAAAAAAAAUGUUGCUGUUAUUGCUCAUUGUUCAUGACACCUCACAACACCUAUUGCAUUAACUGUUAAACAGUUGCAUCUUAUUGUAGAGUGUGACCAAUGAUCUUGAAAGGGAAUUGGUUGAUGCUUAAUAUUUAAUUUCCAAUUUGAGCUAAGUUCUAAAAUGUUUUUUUUUUCAGGAAACGUUCUGAUAUAUCUUUAGGAGGGGUGGAGAGAAUGAGCUAAGAUGAAGGCACACACCUGGCUGCCAUUUUUUUGUUUUGGGACAUAAGAAUGAACUUUGGAUCUGCAGAGGGAAGAAGGGAUGAAUAAAGGAGGUGGAGAGAAUGAACUCUGGGAAGAAAACUCAUCCAGUUGUUUAUGAUAAAAGCAUUCCACUGCCUGUUUUAGAUGAUAUAGGAGUAAAUAUCUAUGACACAAAAGGUCACUGGUUGCCCUGGUUCACCCAACGUGAAGAAAAACAAUGCUCUGUGAUGAUGCUGGAUGUGGAAGUGAUAUGUAGGAGGUCAAAACAUAGUUUUAGUCAAGUAGUGUCUGUUUGUGAGUGACUUUCUGUUCUCCCAAGACUCCCUAUAACCCCUGCGGUCAUAAAUAGUGCUGUUGCGCCAGACACUUGCUCCUUACUCUGACUCUUGGGUUGUUUUUUGAAUUAUUUAUUUUGCAUAGAGCACUCUGUUUUAGGAAUGCCUGUAGCGUGUUCAAAAGGAAAAAGUAUGUCUGCUUUGUGACAGUAUGUACGACUGUGCCAAUCUCUCAUCGAAAACAGUGCCAUUCCGGAACGCCAAGGCCAUAUUGAGAACAGGCUGCAAUGAAAGUACAUUGUUAUGGCAAGCCCACAAUGCCAGCCAAAUCUGUAUAUAUUCAUAUAUAUACAGUAGUCAACAAUUGAAGUGGAUCAAAACCUUUCUUCAAAGUUGUCCUAAAACCAAAACAAUGCCCAUACUUGUCUUAGGACGACUUUUGAUCCUCUUCAAAUGUUGACUACUGUAUAUAUAUAUAUAUAUAUAUAUAUAUAUAUAUAUAUAUAUAUAUAUAUAUAUAUAUAUAUAUAUAUAUAUAUAUACACACACAUAUACUGUAUAAGAAAGUGAACAGUGCAAGAAGCUUCGCUAAAAACAAAUGCCCCCCACACAAAUGUUCUCUUGCAAUAGGAUUCAAGGGGUGAGUGAGGAAUCAAUUUACAAGAGCAUUGAGUUUGACAGCAAAAUAGUACACUUUGCUGGACAGAGAGAGAGAGAAAAAACAUAUCUUACUGUUACAUAUCCACAUGUUUCAUGUGAAGCUUCAUGACCUGCUUAAUGUGAUAAAUCAUGAAGAUAAAGUUAUCAGAAGUUCCCGACACAUCACAGACACAUAAAUGCAGUAGGAUACGACAGGAAGGAAGACGUAGAGUUGAUGAUAAGUGAAAGAGAAAGGAGAUUGGGAUGAGUAAGAGUGAGAAAGUCAAGGCCAGUGGAGAAUAAUUGGUGAAAGAAACAGGUAGGAAGCGAAAUGAAGAAGGAGGGAGAGGGAAAAAAAGACACAAAAGCCUGAUUGCAGGUAGUUGGCUUACCGUUGUCUCUUUAUUGUAAUGUCAGUAUCUGCAGGUUUCUGCUACUGAGGUCAUGCAGCAAAAUGACAGUUAAAAGCCCCUCGGGAGGAAGCUGGGGGAUAGAAAAACUACCAGUCACUUAUGAGCUCAGCCUUCAGCGUCUCAAUACUCACAUACUCGCACACAGCAGAUAGACUCUUUUGGUUCUCAGGUGAUUAAACGCACAUUUUCUCUUUGUUUUGCAGUGCUUAACAUUACUCACGUCAUGCUCAUUUGCCUCCCGCUGAAUGUCACGAUAUGCUCACUAUAAGGCAGCCAUCACAAUUAAACUGUGAAUAUAUGAUUGGCCUGUUAUCUUAUACUUGACGUUUGUGAAGCUCAGGAUUCACAGUUUGUCCAACAAACUUUCAUCCCAAUUCGUAACUAUUUUAUGUGUCGGUGAAUUCAUACAGCGCACACUCUACAUUUGCACGGUUUAGUAGUUUAUUAUGUUCAUGCACCACAGGUUUAGGGUUGAGGUUAAGGGUUUUUCUUUCUAAAAAUCGCACUGUACACAACAAAAUCACCACCUCAUAAAAUAGUUAUGCUUUCUCAUGAGAUUGGGUUGCUUUGCCCCUGGCGAACCCCUAGUUAUUUUAGGAAUUAUCAGGGAAGAAGUGGUUUAGAAAUAUAUGUGCUUUGAUUAUGUGUAAAUGUGAUUUUUGAGGGCAAUAUUUUGAUUAUAUUAAAAUUUUAUUUUAAAUUAUCUUGACCAUCUCCCAAUCUCCCCUAAAAAUAAAUAAUAAUAAUAAUAAUAAAAAAAUCAAUUAAAUGCGUUCCUUGUGGAUCAUCUCUGUCAUUGGAGGGGAUUUGCCUGGAGAAACAUUAUUAAGUAGCACAUUGGACUUUUAAUUAAAAAAAAAAAAUAAUAAUAAUGUCUCAGUUUGUUGGUGAGCCAAACGAAUGCCAAAAAAGAGGUGAACUGGCUAUCCUUUAUAUUUACAUUAAGUAAUAAUUGACCAAAUGCUAUAGAGUUAGCGCACAAUCAAUGAGUAUUAGCCUUACGAAACUUUAUGCCUUUUUGAUAUUCCCUCACGCUCACUCUGUCAUCCCAUCUCUACAAUGGCUAUAGACUAUAAACGACCAUGUGCUGCGGGUGACAGAGAGGUGAACUGCUCAUUUGGGCUGGAACACGUGCAGCCUCCCUCUUCUUCAGCUACUCACGCGCUGUUCCUCAAAGAUGCCCUGAAAGACACCCGUCUCCCACGCUCGGUUCAGCCACCACACCGCGAUUUUCCCUCGCUGUCGUCUCCACCGAGCGAGCGCGCGUGGAGGGAGGGCUUGCCAACCGGGUGUCAUGGAAACUGAGCCGUGUGUAUUACGUCAUUAGUCUGAGUUGCGAGUCUUCUCUUUUCUUUGCCGCUCGCAAAUAAGGAGCAUCACGCACAUGCCUCACAACAGCAGGUUCUACAGCUCAAAACUUAACCGGAGAACUUGAUUAUGUUUCUUAAAUUUCAUUCACAUGUAAAAGAUAUGACGUGUACAUUUGUUUUUGUCCCUCCCCUCCCCUCCUCUUUCCUCCUCUGACUGAAGUUGAGUAACGCUACAGGUGCUGUUGUGUCUGUCUAUCUUCUUUCUGCUGUUCUCUCUUUACUCUUCUGCUUUAAUUUAUUGUGCUGUUUUCCUAAGGCUUCUGUUGCCACUGUUGCUGACAACAUCAUUUCCUUUUUGGUAAUAUUUAUCCUUCUAAUUUUUGUUAAGUUUAGUCACAGCUAAUGUAACAAAACACACUGUGAUGAUUCCAGUAUUAAUAAAAGUUGUACUUAAACUGUG